AUGAUUCCAGUGGCAGUGAUUGUAGUGAGUGAUUGUAGUGACAGUGAUUGUAGUGACAGUGAUUGCAGUGACAAUGAUUGCAGUUGCAGUGAUUGUAAUGAAAGUGAUUGUAGUGACAGUGAUUGUAAUGGUAGUGAUUGUAGUGACAAUUAUUGUAGUGGCAGUAAUUGGAGUGACAGUGAUUGUAGUGGAAGUGAUUGUAGUAGCAGUGAUUGUAGUGGCAGUGAUUGUUGUGAGAGUGAUUGUAGUGACAGUGAUUGCAGUGGUAGUGAUUGUAAUAGCAGUGAUUGUAGUGACAGUGAUUGUAGUGACAGUGAUAAUAGUAGCAGAGAUUGUAGUGACAGUGAUUCUUGUGUCAGUGACUGUAGUGACAGUGAUUGUAUUGACAGUAAUUGUAAUGAAAGUGAUUGA